GCCCGCUUCUCCUUUUUUUUUACGAAAUUUUCUGGCAGGAAGGGAAGGUCAGAAAGUAAAGUCGCAACACAAGCGACAUUUUUUUAGUUCCUCACACCGUUUAAAAGCGUCGUGCCGUUAUCCGCUGCCUUAUGGAGGACGACGGAACGAUUGUUCCAGACUAACAAACAUGGCGGCUCCUUCCUCCGGAACUUUGACUCCGUGACACGUGAGGACGAGGACAGUAAAGACAUCAUCAACAUGGCUUUAACCCCAGCAUGAGGGCUGGCAGGAGCAUCAUCAUCAUCAUCAUCAUCAUCAUCAUGGAGAUCAGCACUGCCACCACCGUCCUUCCACAUGCAGCCGGGGAUCUGCUGGAUCCCCCCGGUCCACCCUCCGGCAUAUCCAUCAACAAACUCCUCCCGGCUCUGUUCAAGUGCUUCGGCAUCAUAUUGUGUGGCUACGUCGCCGGCAGGGCCAAAAUCAUCACCUCCACCCACGCCAAGGGGUUAGGCCACUUUGUGUCAGCGUUCGCCCUACCCGCGCUCCUGUUCAAGAACAUGGUACUGCUGGACUUUGAGAAUGUCAUCUGGCCCUUCAUCUGGAGUAUCCUGGUAGCCAAGGCCUCAGUGUUUGCCGUGGUUUGCGUCCUCACACUGCUGGUUUCCAGUCCAGACAGCCGCUAUAGCAAAGCCGGGCUCUUCUCAAUAUUCGCCACCCAAAGCAAUGACUUUGCUCUGGGUUACCCGAUUGUGAAAGCCCUAUAUCAAAGCACAUAUCCGGAAUACCUCCAGUACAUCUACCUAGUGGCACCUGUGUCGCUAAUGCUGCUAAAUCCCAUCGGCUUUACCUUUUGUGAGGUGCAGAAAUGGAAGAAUCAGGGAGACCACCAGCAGGGCAAGCUUCUGAUCGUGGGACAAGUGGCUCUGCAAGUCCUGAAGAACCCUAUUGUUUUUAUGGUCGUCAUUGGCAUCGCGGCCCAUUUUCUUCUGCGCCAGACCAUUCCUUCAUUCAUGUCCGACUUCGUGGAUGGUUUGGCCAACUCUUUUGAGGGAGGAGCUCUGUUCUACUUGGGUCUGUCCAUGGUGGGACAGCUAAAGAAUCUAACCAGGUCCACUGUUGUGACGCUGAUACUACUCUUGACAGCAAAAUUGUUGCUGAUGCCUCUUAUUUGUAAAGACAUGGUGGAUCUUCUGGACAACACCAGCCCUGUCAACCACUCAAGCCUCUCCAACUACGCUUUUCUUUACGGAGCCUUCCCCACGGCGCCGAGCGUCGCAAUCUACGCCGUGUAUUAUAACUCCCAGCUGGAAGUGAUCAUUUCUGGGAUGGUGAUCAGCACUUUCCUCUCAGCUCCAAUAAUGUUUACCUCGGCCUGGCUGCUCACGCUGCGUUGGAUGGAUUCAAGGCUGGUGAUGAAUGCACUGCAGGAUGUCCGCUUUUAUAUAAGCGUCGCCGGCUUAGUGGCACUGUUGUGGACCAUCGCCGUCAUGCUUUUUAAAAAGGCAUUCAAGAGGCUACCUGACAUGUUUACUGCACACCUUUUCUUGGCACAGUUCCUCACUUGUUUUGGAAUGAUCCUGUGGAAAUUUGUGGCGGGGAAAGACAACUUUAUCUGUCAGAUCUUGACUUUUACGCUACUGAGCACCUCACUCUACAGCACUUACGUCUGGCCAGCUUUCAUUGCACUCUCGCUGCUGCUGCUGAGAAGGUUUGACAACUUGAAAGUUUCUCCAGGGUGGUUUAUAUUCGCCAGCUGGGGGAUCCCUGCCUUCAUAACUGCCGUGUUACUCAUUUGUGGGGAAAAAAUGCCGGACACCAUAGACUCGUCUGUCUUUUACAGCAAACCACAGAUCAUCUGCACCACAACAGUGCUGUCGCUCAGUUUACUACUCGGAGGGAGCUCCCUGGUGUUGCUGGGUAGAGGAAGCUGGGUCCAAGAGGACAGAAGUGGAGGGGAGAACACAUCUGUGGAAGACCUUGUGACUGAAACUGAACAGGACAGCCAGUCUUUGUUUGAGCCAGAAGCCCGUUCAGAAGAUCUUAACACAGGUCAAAAUGAGAAUGGCAGUGAGUCAACGGCCUGCCUCGUCUUCAGAGUGGACGAACGCCAUCAAAAUGGACAUAAACUAGUGGCCCGUCACGUGCUCUUAUGUUUGCUUCUGGGUCUCAGCUUGCUAGCAAACUUGUGCAGCUGUGUGUGGUUGCUCUUUCACCAACAUACGGGCAGACUUUACGUGGAGCUGCAAUUCUUCUGUGCAGUCGCUAAUUACGGGCAGGGUUUUCUCUCCUUUGCACUCUUUGGACUGGACAAACAUUUGAUUAUCCUGCCGUUUCGGAAGAGGUUGCACCUGCUGUGGUACGGAAAGAAGCAAGGAGAGCAAACACAAAGUGAUUUACCCGAGGAGGUCAGAAUGGUCUGCACUGACUUUGUCAAACAUCAUAAAGUCAAGUGUGUUCAUGACAUUGUCAGAAAGAGAAGGUGUGGUGUCAGGACAACGGUGGACUGUUUCCUUGGCUGUGAACUUGUGGAGUGGCUUCAGCAGGCGGGCUUAGCUCAGGAUGAAGGUGAGGCCUUAGUCUACGGCACACGCCUGCAGCAGGGCGGCGUUCUAGAGCACAUCCAGCAGGAACACGCCUUCCAAGGCGGUCUGCUUUUCUACUCCUUUGUCACCUAAGCUGUCACGCAGCCAUCACUUGAAUUUUAGCACGGUGUAAAGAUUGCUAUUUCUCACACACCUGCUUGACAAAAGGUGUGCAGGAAUGUAUGAAACCACGUUAGCUCGGCUGGAUUUGAGAGCUCCGACAACGUUGACAGUUGUCCCAAAGCGCUUUGGAAGAGAUCGUACUUAACUUGACUCACGUUUGUUGGAAAGGAAAAUGACGUACAUCGGAUCACAGGUGGAAAAUAUGCUCACUAUUAAACUCAACUACUGUAAUACAAUAUCUGUGCCACAAUUCUCCUUGUAGAAAAUAUACCAAUGUUGAGUUUGUACCAAUUGAGAGGCAAAUUAUUAACAGACUGAGCUGAUAAAGAACAGACCACAUUAUUACAAACCCUGUUUCCAUAUGAGUUGGGAAAUUGUGUCAGAUGUAAAUAUAAACAGAAUACAAUGUUUUGCAAAUCCUUUUCAAGCCAUAUUCAGUUGAAUAUGCUACAAAGACAACAUAUUUGAUGUUCAAACUCAUAAACAUUUUUUAUUUUUGCAAACAAUCAUUAACAUUAGAGUUCGAUGCCAGCAACACGUGACAAAGAAGUUGGGAAAGACGGCAAUAAAUACUAAUAAAGUUGAGGAAUGCUCAUCAAUCACUUAUUUGGAACAUCCCACAGGUGUGCAGGCUAAUUGGGAACAGGUGGGUGCCAUGAUUGGCUAUAAAAGCAGCUUCCAUGAAAUGCGUAGUAAUUCACAAACAAGGAUGGGGCGAGGGUCACCAAUUUGUAAGCAAAUUGUCGAACUACAUUUUUCAACGAGCUAUUGCAAGGAGUUUGGGGAUUUCACCAUCUACGGUCCGUAAAAUCAUCAAAAGGUUCAGAGAAUCUGGAGAAAUCACUGCACGUAAGCGAUGAUAUUACGGACCUUUGAUACCUCAGGUGGUACUGCAUCAAAAACAGACAUCAGUGUGUAAAGGAUAUCGCCACAUGGGCUCAGGAACACUUCAUAAAAACCACUGUCAGUAACUACAGUUGGUCGCUACAUCUGUAAGUGAAAGUUAAAACUCUACUUUGUGUGACAUCAUGCACUUUUGCACAAAGUAUUACAAUAAUGUGGGCAUAGCUCGGUUAGUAGAGCGGCCGUGCCAGCAACUUGAGGGUUGCAGGUUCGAUUCCCGCUUCCGCCAUCCUAGUCACUGCCGUUGUGUCCUUGGGCAAGACACUUUACCCACCUGCUCCCAGUGCCACCCACACUGGUUUAAAUGUAACUUAGAUAUUGGGUUUCACUAUGUAAAGCGCUUUGAGUCACUAGAGAAAAGCGCUGUAUAAAUACAAUUCACUUCACUUCAAUUCACUACUAUGAAAGCAAAACCCAUUUAUCAACAACACCCAGGAACGCCGCUGGCUUCGCUGGGCCCGAGCUCAUCUAAGAUGGACUGAUGCAAAGUGGAAAAGUGUUCUGUGGUCUGACGAGUCCACAUUUCAAAUUAUAUUUGGAAACUGUGGACGUGGUGUCCUCCGGAACACAGAAGAAAAUAACCAUCCGGAUUGUUAUAGGCGCAAAGUUGAAAAGCCAGCAUCUGUGAUGGUAUGGGGGUGCAUUAGUGCCCAAGGCAUGGGUAACUUACACAUCUGUGAAGGCACCAUUAAUGCUGAAAGGUACAUACAGGUUUUGGAACAACAUAUGUUGUCAUCCAAGCAAGACAAUGCCAAGCCAUGUGUUACAACAGCGUGGCUUUGUAAAAAAAGAGUGUGAGUACUUUCCUGGCCCGCCUGCAGUCCAGACCUGUCUCCCAUGGAAAAUGUGUGGCGCAUUAUGAAGUGUAAAAUACGACAGCGGAGACCCCGGACUGUUGAAGGACUGAAGCUCUACAUUAAACAAGAAUGGGAAAGAAUUCCACUUUCAAAGCUUCAGCAAUUAGUUUCCUCAGUUCCCAAACGUUUAUUGAGUGUUGUUAAAAGAAAAGGUGAUGUAACACGGUGGUGAACAUGCCCUUUCCCAACUACUUUGUCACAUAUUGUAGCCAUGAAAUUCUAAGUUAAUUAUUAUUUGCAAAAAAAAUAAAGUUUAUGAGUUUGAACAUCAAAUAUGUUGUCUUUGUAGCAUAUUCAACUGAAUAUGGGUUGAAAAUGAUUUUCAAAUCAUUGUAUUCUGUUUAUAUUUACAUCUAACACAAUUUCCCAACUCAUAUGCAAACGGGGUUUGUAAGUAAUUAUUUGGCAAUAAGACACAAUACACAAAUACCUCCUUUAGUCACUUGUGACAUUUAACCACCUUAUGAACUGAUGGUCGAUACAUAGGUCAGUUUUAGAACGACGGCACUGUCAACUUUUCAUCCUCCAGUCAACACAUGCACUUGAAUCUUCUUAUUUGAUGUCAGAGUGUGAGAGAAUAGACGCAGGUUGUUUUGUAUCUAUUUGAAUUUUGUGUUCAUGCAGUUUAUAUUGUGAGUGUUUUACUUCUUUCUAGCACGAUGACACAAGCACCGUCACCAUGGUGACUACAAAGAUGAUGUUUGAUGGUUUAUAAGGGAUACAUUAGCACAUGCUUUUAUUGCCAAACAAGCAAGAUGUAAUUAGUUUAAGUUAAAAAAAAAAACAUUUAGGCUGUGAAUAUGAUGUGUUGCACAAACUUUACACAUUUCAUCUUCUCUCAGGUGAAUUUAAUUACAGGGAAACUAGUUUGUUUUUAUUGUGAAUUUGUUUAAGCCAGUGUUGAAUAUGACUCUUUAUUAAAAUAAUUGUCAUGCACGUGUGACACGUUUUUUUAAAAUGCUGCAUAUUUAUAGAUUGUUCUAAAUAAACCUUACAUUUGCAGUUA